AUGGGAGGACGCGAACAAAGGGACAGAGUGGAAUACCGUUUUGCUGUCCUGUGCUUCCUGAUUGUGUUUUUCGGGGAGCAGGUUUCGGCACAGAUACGAUAUUCUAUUCCGGAGGAGGCGAAAGAAGGGACAGCCGUUGGAAAUGUUGCAAAGGAUUUGGGUCUGGAUGUUAGUACAUUAACCGGGAGGCGUUUUCGCAUUGUAUCUGGAUCCGAGGACAGUCUUUUCGAGGUAAACCAGAACAAUGGCGUCCUGUAUGUUCACAAAAAUGUCGACAGAGAGGCGCUGUGUGAUGGUCACACCGCAUGCUUGAUUAAUCUAAAAAUAGUGGUAGAAAAUCCUUUGGAGAUUCAUUAUGUCGGAGUUGAGAUAACUGAUGUCAAUGAUCAUUCGCCAAUAUUUCCAGAAAAAGAAUUAACGCUUGAGAUCGCAGAGAGUACUUUCCCGGGAGCGCGUUUUCAGUUGCACGCAGCUCGCGAUCCAGAUUCAGGUGUAAACACCGUUAAAGCCUACAAAUUGAGUCACAAUGAUCACUUUGAUCUAGAAAUAAGAGACCGGGGAGACGAGAAAAUUCCUUAUUUGGUUUUACGAAAAUUGCUUGACAGAGAACAGCAGCGGAAACAUGCAUUACUCCUGACAGCAGUAGACGGAGGAAACCCCCCCAAGUCAGGGACGCUGAACGUGACCAUCACAGUUUUAGACAAUAAUGACAACCGCCCUGUUUUUCACCAGGAGGUUUAUACAACUAAUCUACCAGAAAACGUCCCGCUAGGCACACUUGUGUUGACGGUAAACGCAACAGAUUUAGAUGAAGGUACAAACGGAGAGGUAGUGUACGCGCUUGGUAGUAAGUUGAACCGUAAAGUUUAUGACAUUUUUAAGUUAGAUAGCAAAACUGGCGAAAUAAGGGUGAAUGGGUCUGUUGAUUAUGAAGCAGCAGACGUUUACAGAUUGGAUAUUUUGGCCUCUGACAAAGGCCAGCCUCCCAUGACUGUGGACUGUAGGGUGAUUAUAAAAAUUUUGGAUGUGAAUGACAAUGAACCACAGAUAGAAGUUACUUCACUCUCCAAUAGAGUAGCCGAAGAUUCAAAUCCUGGCACUGUCAUUUCACUAAUUAGUAUCACCGACAAGGACUCAGGAGCAAAUGGCAAAGUUGUGUGCAGUUUAGAUGAUAACGCACCAUUUGAAUUAAAACCGUCUGUACAAGACAACAUGUACUCUUUGAUAACAAAAGAGCGUCUGGACAGAGAAACCACAUCACACUAUCAUAUCACAUUGACUGCAAAAGAUUUAGGCCAACCACCUCUCUCUGCAGUGAAAACACUGAACAUAGAAGUUUCUGACGUAAACGACAACAGACCAGAGUUUUUGCAAAAUCCCCUCGAACUUUAUUUAGUGGAGAACAACACUCCUGGGGAAUCCAUCUUUUCCGUUAGUGCCCACGAUAAAGACUUGGAUGAAAAUGCAGCAAUCUCUUACCAUCUAGUAAGAGGGGACGGCCUGCUAAAUGACAUGACUGCAUUCCUCAACAUUAAUUCCGAGACUGGGUACAUACAUGCGCUAAAGAGCUUUGACUAUGAGACUGUCAAAACGUUCAAAUUCCAGGUAUCUGCCUCGGACGCUGGCACACCAGCUCUUAGCAGCAAUGUCACUGUUAAUGUUUAUAUCUUAGACCAAAAUGACAACGUCCCGGUUAUUAUAGCACCUGUGAACGCCAACGGCACAGCGGAGGCCGUGGAAGAAAUCCCACGUAAUGCAAACGCCGGCCACCUGGUCGCCAAAGUUAGAGCUUACGAUGCGGAUAUUGGAUACAACGGAUGGCUGUUGUUCUCUUUCCAAGACGUCAGUGAUCACACGCUGUUCACAUUGGACCGCUACACAGGGCAGAUCCGAACACAGCGUGUGUUUACAGAAACCGAUGACCCACGACACAAACUGGUCAUACUGGUGAAAGACAAUGGCAACGUGUCACUUUCUGCAACAGCAACGGUGAUCAUCAGUGUGGUCGAGCCCAAAGAGGCUUUUGCAGCAUCUGAUGUCAAAAGUGUCAUGCAAGACGACGAGGAAAACAGCAUGACAUUCUACUUGAUCAUUACUUUAGGAUCUGUGUCUACUUUAUUUGUCAUCAGUAUUAUAGUCUUAAUUGUCAUGCAGUGCUCGAAAUCCACAGACUAUUCCUCCAAGUAUUUACAAGACACGAACUAUGAUGGAACUUUAUGCCACAGCAUCCAGUACAGAUCUGGAGACAAGAGGUACAUGUUGGUUGGACCAAGAAUGAGCAUCGGUUCCACUAUAGUUCCUGGCAGCAAUGCAAACACGCUGGUUGUACCUGAUCGCAGGAGUAGAGCAUCUUGUGAGCCAUCGUUUGUUUGCCAUCGCUGUUACCAGUGUUCAGUUGUGGCUGGGUAUAAGAAACACUACUAG